CCGGGCUGGUAGGAGCCCCGCCCCUCCCGCCUCAGCGGAUCAUGACCCGGGCAGCGGCCACGGAGGUCGCGGUGGCGGGGAACGUGGCGUGGCCGGGCCAGCGCUAGAGAGGAUGCCGUUUCCGGCGACAACCCCGGGAUCACAGCAGACCCCGCCGCCACCCAGGCUCUAUGGCAUCUCCUCCCCCAUCAGCUUAGCCGCCCCCAAGGAGACAGACUGCGUACUGACCCAGAAAUUAAUUGAAACCCUGAAGCCCUUUGGGGUUUUGGAAGAGGAAGAGGAACUGCAGCGCAGGAUUUUAAUUUUGGAAAAAUUAAAUAAUCUGGUAAAGGAAUGGAUACGAGAGAUCAGUGAAAGCAAAAGUCUCCCACCCGCUGUGAUUGAGAACGUCGGCGGCAAAAUCUUCACGUUUGGCUCCUACCGGCUAGGGGUGCACACCAAGGGCGCCGACAUCGACGCGCUGUGCGUCGCGCCGAGGCACGUGGACCGCAGCGACUUCUUCACUUCCUUCUACGACAAGUUGAAACUACACGAGGAAGUCAAGGACUUAAGGGCGGUGGAGGAGGCGUUUGUCCCCGUUAUCCGACUGUGUUUUGAUGGGAUAGAGAUUGAUAUUUUGUUUGCAAGAUUAGCACUGCAGACUAUUCCAGAAGACUUGGACCUAAGAGAUGACAGUCUGCUUAAAAAUUUAGAUAUUAGAUGCAUAAGAAGCCUUAAUGGUUGCCGGGUAACCGAUGAAAUCUUACAUCUAGUACCGAACAUUGACAACUUCCGGUUAACCCUCAGAGCUAUCAAGCUGUGGGCCAAAUGCCACAACAUCUACUCCAAUAUACUAGGGUUCCUGGGAGGCGUCUCCUGGGCCAUGCUUGUAGCAAGAACCUGCCAGCUGUAUCCAAACGCAGUGGCAUCCACGCUUGUACGUAAAUUUUUCUUAGUGUUUUCUGAAUGGGAGUGGCCAAAUCCAGUGCUACUGAAAGAGCCUGAAGAACAAAACCUUAAUCUGCCUGUAUGGGACCCAAGAGUAAACCCCAGCGACAGGUACCACCUGAUGCCUAUAAUCACACCGGCAUACCCACAGCAGAACUCCACCUACAACGUGUCUGUGUCCACAAGGAUGGUCAUGAUCGAGGAGUUUAAACAAGGUCUUGCUAUCACACAUGAGAUCUUGCUGAGUAAGGCAGAGUGGUCCAAACUAUUUGAAGCUCCAAGCUUCUUUCAAAAGUAUAAGCAUUAUAUUGUACUUCUAGCAAGUGCACCAACAGAAAAGCAGCGUCUAGAAUGGGUGGGCUUGGUGGAAUCAAAAAUCCGAAUCCUGGUGGGCAGCUUGGAGAAGAAUGAAUUUAUUACACUGGCUCAUGUGAAUCCUCAGUCAUUUCCAGCACCCAAAGGAAAUCCUGACAAGGAAGAAUUUUGCACAAUGUGGGUGAUUGGGUUAGUAUUAAAAAAGCCAGAAAAUUCUGAAGUUCUCAGUAUCGAUCUCACCUAUGAUAUCCAGUCUUUCACAGACACAGUUUAUAGGCAAGCCAUAAAUAGUAAGAUGUUUGAGAUGGAUAUGAAAAUCGAUGCAAUGCAUUUAAGAAGAAAGGAGCUCCACCAGCUACUACCUAAUCACGUGCUUCAGAAAAAUAAAACACAUUCGAUGGAAGAUGUCAGAUUGACAGCUUUGAAUGACAGCAGUCUUGACUCUGCUGACAGUGAAAACAGCGUGUCUGUGCCUUCACCUGUAAGCACUGUGAAGACUGGCCCAGUGACUGGCUCCUCUCAGGGCAGAAACAGUCCUGCUCUGGCUGUAAUGGCAGCAUCUGCCACCAGCGUACAGGUUACUGAAGUUACCUUGCAGCAAGGGAACCCCAGUGAGAGCCCGGGGGGUGCAAGCGAAAGCGUUCCUCAGACUGCCUCACAAGCAGCCAUUUCUCCACCUCCAAAGCCCACGAUCACUAGACUUGUUUCUUCAACACUUCUGGUAAACCAUGCCCCCAGGCCUGCAGGGGCCGCAGCCACAAACAUAGCUAACCCCAUAGUAGGCGUCUAG